AUGGGACUUUCUUCCCCCACAUGUGGUCUGGGUGCCUUGAGGUUGCUGUCUGGCCUGAGGACCAAGACUGCCAUGACAAACAAGUUGAAAAUGGGCUUGAGAUUGAAACCGGAAGCAUUCAUCCUAAAAAGCUCAGAAGCCACAAAAGUAGCUCGAUCAGCUCUGCAACACCCCAAUGACAGCAGCACUCAACUAAUCCUCGACCACAUAACCAAUUCUGGAGAGCACCUUCCAAAGUUCUAUGCUUGCUGGGCUAAACUACUGCGCCAGUUGGGUUUGUAUUCCUGGACAAUGGCAGAAGAAGUGUCAGAUAAACUGGCAACUUUGGACAUUUCACCCAACUUGCCCCCAGAGCUUGCAAUAGCCUGCACCCGGGUCCAGCAAUUUCUAAGCGUCUUGCUUCCAUUUAUCAUUGAUCUAGCGUAUGAGCAGCGCGCUUUUAGCGGAAAAAGCGGCCAAAAAACGCUAAAAACCACUGAAGAGCUGCGUAGUGGGCCCUUUUUUGCGGCCCACACGCGUAGCGUUAGCGGUGUCGUGGCGGAAUUCCGCUACGCUACGCUAAUUGCUAACAGCAAUUCUGCUGCUUUACGCUACACUAACCGCUACGCUUAG